UCGGCGGCGGCGCGCGGCAGCAGCGGGAGCCAUGAAGCUGAACGUGGACGGGCUCCUGGUGCUGUUCCCCUACGAGUUCAUCUACCCCGAGCAGUUCUCCUACAUGCUGGAGCUCAAGCGCACGCUGGACGCCAAGGGCCACGGGGUGCUGGAGAUGCCGUCGGGGACCGGCAAGACGGUGUCGCUGCUGGCCUUGAUCGUCGCCUACCAGCGGGCUCACCCCCUGGACGUGUCCAAGCUGAUCUACUGCUCCCGCACCGUGCCCGAGAUCGAGAAGGUGGUGGAGGAGCUGCGGAAGCUCCUGGAUUGCUACGAGCGGGACCUGGGGGAGCCUCUGCCCUUCCUGGCGCUGGCGCUGAGCUCCCGAAAGAACCUCUGCGUGCACCCUGAGGUCUCCGCGCUCCGUUUCGGGAAGGAGGUCGACAGCCGCUGCCUGGCCCUGACGGCCUCGUACCUGCGGGACCCCCCCGAGGGACCCCGGGACACCUGCGCCUUCUUCCAGGAGUUCGAGGCCCGGGGCCGGCAGAGCCCCCUCCCCUUCGGGGUUCACAACCUGGACGAUCUGCGGGCGCUGGGGAGGCAGCGCGGCUGCUGCCCCUAUUUCCUGGCCAGGAGCUCGCUGGCCCACGCCAACGUGGUGGUGUACAGCUACCAUUAUCUGCUGGACCCCAAGAUCGCCGGGCUGGUGUCGGCGGAGCUGGCGCGCUCCUCGGUGGUUGUGUUCGAUGAAGCUCACAACAUCGAUAACGUCUGCAUCGAGGCCAUGGGAGUGACCAUCACGCGCCGGAUGCUGGAUCGGUGCCAGGCCAACGUGGCCACGCUGCAGAGCACGGUCCAGAGGAUCAAGGAGACGGAUUCGCGGCGCCUGGCGGACGAGUACCGGCGCCUGGUGCAGGGGCUGCGCGAGGCCGGCGCCGCCCGCGACUCCGACCUGUUCCUGGGGAAUCCCGUCCUGCCCGACGAGAUCCUGCAGGAGGCAGUCCCUGGCAGUAUCCGCACAGCCGAGCACUUUGUGGG